GCCCUUACACGCGCCUACCGUGCGCGUUGACCUGUUAUCUCCAUUUCUUCUCUCUUUCUCUCACCCCCACACGGCCUAAGUCUAACCAAAACUAACCACCCUUCCCCACUCUUUCGUUCACCAAGUCCAACACGCUUUUUUAAUCAACGAAUCCUCGUGAGCCUCUUUCGUUUUUCCUCUCUCUCUCAUGGCUUCGGAGCAGUACGACGCCGUUUUUGAGGAAUCUCAGGACGACGACGAGGAUCCCUCUUCCUCCGACAACGACCUCGAUGGCAACGACGACGUUUUAAACGACGAAGAGGACGAGGAAUUAUUAGAGGAAGAAGACAUUAAUUCCCCCUCUUUUCUGCCUCCACCGAUUGCUCCCGCCUUAUCCUCCGCCUCAAUCCCCGCUGUUCCACUUGCCGUCCCCUCCGCCACUGUUGUGACCGUGGCUUCUGUUCCAACUGACGAAUCGCCUCCUGAUUCCAAACGCCAACGCGUUGAUUCCGCCGUAACGGAGAAAAAACCUGCCCCGCCACAACAACUUGACGAAUCGCGACGGUUAUUUCAACGGUUAUGGACUGAUGAAGACGAGAUCGAGCUUCUCCAAGGGUUUCUCGAUUACACAAAUUCGAAAACGAACUCAAAUUCUUCUUCUUCUCACCAUCAUCAUUACGACACGGCGUUGUUUUACGACCAAAUCAAAUCUAAACUCCAGCUGGUUUUCAACAAGAAUCAGUUAGUCGAGAAGCUUCGAAGAUUGAAGAAGAAAUAUAGGAACGUGAUGAAUAAGAUCAGUUCAGGUAAAGAUUUUUCCUUCAAAAGCCCUCACGAUCAUGCUACUUUCGAAAUUUCUAGAAAGAUCUGGAACAGUAGUGUUGGCAAAGUAGAAGAUAAUGUUUUAGAUGAUGAUGAUAACAAUAAUAAUAAUAAUAAUAAUACUUACAUCAAUUUAAUUGAUGAAAGCGGAGAGAAAAAGAAUUUUACCCCAAAAUCCACAGCCUCGAAGAAAAGGUCAAGAAGUAAGGGAGGGAAAAUGGAAGUGAAAAGGGUUUUAAAUGAUGGGUUUGUGGUUACUAACAAUAAUUUUAAUAAUAGGAGUAACAAUGAUAAUGGUAACGUGGAGGGAUUUGCUGGAGGACGAGGAGGAGGAGGAAGCGUGGCGGGGGUGGUAGAGGAGGCUGUGAAGAGUUGUUUAACGCCCUUGUUUAAGGAGUUGUUAGGUAGUGUAAUGGGAGGAGGAGGAGGAGGAAGAGGGAUUAGUGGAUUGGUGAUGAAUGCUAUGCCCUUGAGUUUUGGAGGAAGUUUGAAUUUCGGUUUUUGUGGGGGUAAUGGGGAGUUGGUGGAUGAGAGGUGGAGGAAACAGCAGAUAAUGGAGUUGGAGGUUUAUGCUAGGAGGUUGGAGUUGGUGCAGGAUCAGAUUAAGGCUGCUUUGGAGGAGCUUCGAUCGAUGGGAGGCUGAUUAUGGAAUAUGGGUGCUUAUUUCCAUGAAAGAUUUCUUGGUUAUUGAUGGAUAGCUUGUAGUGUAGGUGAGUAACUGGUUUUUGAGUUCCUUUUCGGGUUUUCUUUUUUUGUUUAUUGGAUAGAAAUGAACGGUUAUUGGAAUAAUGAUCUAUUAUUAUUCAGUCUUUCAAUCAAUAGUUUGUACUAGUUAUUCUCAUUUAUGUGUAUAUGGUUUUUAUACAUGGGUUGGGAUGACUUGCUUAGAAUAAAUGACAGAUGUUAAUCAUUAAUUUAAUGCAAUUGUGCAAGCUCCGACAUUGUAGAAUUUGCAAAAUAGAUUCAACAGUUUGCCAUUUUACUACAUUGUCAAAUUUAAUUGAAAGUCAAUUUAACAGGUCACUUGUGGUAUGUUGGUGAUGAGUGGAAAUUUCUGGGAAGGGGUGAACAAGGGUUGGGGUGUUUUUCCUUCAUUCAUGCCUGUGAAUUCUUCGAAUCAGUAAAGCUAAUUAUCUAUAAUGAAUUGCUUCUCAUGAGAAUGGUUUCUGAUUGCUUGGCAUCAUUUCUCGCAAACUUGUUUAAAGGCCUGAUAAAAUGACUAAUGUUGCCCCUGUGAAAUGUAUUCAUAUUGGAUUUGUUGCUGAGAUCAAAGGCUGUUUCAUGCAUCAAGUAUGCAAUGCUUGCUAGCCUCAAAGAUCAAACUUCCCAUUUGUGAUUGUGGUUUCCGAACACAGAGAUACCUAAAAAAUUACCAUUCAGGACCAUAGGUAGGCAACGGUCCUGGGACAGCUCAGAAAUAGUUGUCUGCAUUAACAAUCCCCUUCUGUGUGUCUACUUGGGAAACUUUGUUCAUUCAGGACCUUUAACCUCUUUCCUGUAAAACAUGCAACUAUAGUAAUUUACUUUGAUAUGGUUGUUGAAGUUAUUCAUUUUCUAGCUGAAGCUGUUUCAAUAUCAAUAAUGUUGAUAGUUGAAGCUGUAAGAUGCAGAACUUGAUUAUUUGGCUGCAUCUGUUUUUAAUUCAUUUCGAUGCCGGUUAAACAUUAGAUGGAUGCUAGUAUCUGUUGGUAGCCUGGUUGGUAGUAGACUUGGUAGUCAUGGCAUUGUCAGGGAAGACAUUUGGUUUAUACCAUUGGGUUAGUUAAAUUAUCUUUUCUGUUUUCUCCCUUUUCUCUUUUGGGAUUGUUUAUUAUUGGAUGGAACCUUGAGAGAAUGAAAAGGGGAAAAAGAGGAGAAAUUUUUUAUUGUACUCCUGGAAGAGUAAAACAAAAGGGAUGCAAAGGAAAAAGAUUAAAGAAAAAGAACUGGUCAUCGGGAAAAAUUGGUUUGGACUUAAAAGUAUAGACACGGUGAUUCAUGUACAGAGGUAGCAAUGGGUGAGGGCGGGUUGAAUUUUUGU